AUGUUCACCGGCGACUCUCUCCUCCCCGAUCACGACGUCCUCUGUGGCUUCAAGGUUUUAGUAGACCCGCAUCGGGAACGACAGACGUUCCGCAUGAUAUUCAGGCGGCAUUUGGCCUGCAUGCGCCUGCUCCUCACCGUCAGGGCGUUCAUCAAUGCCGAGUAUGUAACAUUUCUCAGGUUUCAUUCCAUCAUUAAUACUAUCACAUAUGAGGGAGCUAUAAUUACGGAUAAUGAGUUCGAUAUUUAUCCGGAUUAUGUGCCGUUAGGAGGGGGGCUAGUAGUCCUGGUGAAUUAUAGCCCGAACGGGACCGAUUUGGUGGGGUAUGAGACGAGCAGGUAG